AGCCCGGUUCGUACAUGUGAGUGGUUAUGAUCUUCCACAACUUCGAUUUUGAGAUAGCCUAGAACAAAAUUUGAUUUGGGUUUGUUAAUUCAAGACGGCUGUCGAACCGAAUGGCUACCAUUGCUCAAUGGUUGGUUGCUCACGGAUGCGAUUGCCCUUAGAAUUCCUAAUGGGUUCGAUUCUCAGAUUCAUGUUCAGUACUGUAGUUGUUUAGAUGAGCUUCCAAGGACUCUAUUUGAAAUCAACAGUUAUCGCAAGCUGUAGCUUAGUGCUUGGAAGGCAGACAAGGUAGUUGGAUUCAAAUUGGAGUGGAUUUGUUCUAGCAUUGCUUGCACCCACCAACUCGAGAGGACUGGUCAUAGGGUGAGCUUGUAAUGUUUAUGGAACAAGAAACCCAUAUCAAGAGAUGCUGCUUUCGAAAUUCUGUACUGGGAUCAACAUUCUUGUUUGUUGCUCGGCAUAUAUGGUCAUGAAGUGAUGAAGUUGCUAGCUCAUUGCUUUUAUUCAGUGCCGCCAACAGGCUGAAAUUUCGUAAGUAGUGGAAAUUUCAAAAUAAUAGGACAAGAGUGAAUUAUGAUGCUAGGUGACUAUGUGUGUGCAUUGGCAAAGGAUGGCGGCAAAGCAUUGGGCAAAACUGUGAGUUAUGUUGCAGUUCUGCUUUUGGCACAAAUAGUGUUGAUUGACGUGAUGUCAGCGCGUGUGUGGUAAUGAGCAAACCAAAAGCGACUGGUGGAGUCGUGGAGAUUUAGUUUGCUAACAACUGAUCCAGUUCCUCAUUCCUGCAUAGACAUAUAUGAUCUGUUCAAUGGUAGAAAUAUACAUUUAACCGAUUGUGAUUUUUUAUUGUGUAUAAAUAUUACAUCGGUUAAUGAGUAUUUUUCUAGCAUUGGUAUUUUUUUUUCUUUUGUUUAGAUCUGUAUAAAAAUCCCAGCUGGUUCCCUUGGGCCUUGGUAGCCUGUCUAAAGUUGUUUUUGGACAAGUUUCAGGCUGCCAAUCCACCGUUGCUUCAUCGGAGAAGUCACCUGAGAUAUGCUGUCGUUCUUGUCCCGUCGGCAGCUUUGCGGUAGCUGGUGGCGGCGAAGUCGUAGCACUUUCAAGAGGAAGCGGAAGCCCAAGUUACAGAUUCGCCAUCUCCCACAGGAAAUUGUGGAUUUGGUGGUCUCAUUUUUGCCAAUGAAGGAUGCUGCGAGAAUGAGCGUGCUGUCGAGUGAAUGGAGACAAGGAUGGGUUAGCUACCCCAAGCUAACGCUGAACUCCGAAACAAUGCUUGGCAUUAGAAGGGGGGAUAUUUACUAUGCUUCCAAAGAAAAAGCAGAAAAGUACAGGGGGAAAUUCAUCGAGAAUGUACAUGAUGUCAUGCGACAACGCCAGGGUUUUUGGUUGGAAGAGUUUGUGCUGGAGUACGGCUUCCAUGAGAUAGAUGCACAUCAUAUUGACAGUUGGGUCACCCGUGCUGCAUCCAUGAGAUUGAAACGACUUGCCAUCGACUUGAGUGAGAUCCGGCUGGACUGCAGGUAUGACCUAAAGCAAUAUGCAUUUGCUUUGCAGCUUCUAGAUGAGAUCAGCACAGUAGAGCACCUCUGCAUUCUAGAACUGAGAAAUCUAUCUCUGAAGCCGAUCGGUGAUUUCAGAGGGUUCCUGAACCUUACAAUGCUUGAGCUGCAACAUGUGCGUGUCGCAAAGGAUGAUCUCGAAUCGAUGCUCUGCAAAUGCCCUGCUCUUGAGCGGCUAGCACUUAACUUAUGGGGCGAUUCGUGUCCUUGCAGAUUGGCCAUCAGCUCCGUCGGCUGGAGCAUUUGUCUCUUGGUGAUGGUACCUUGGUGGAGAAGCUACAGAUUGAUGCCAUCAAUCUGAAGACAGUUUCACAUAGUGAUAACAUCUGCGAAAUAGUCACGAGAAAAGAUUCUCGAAUCACCGAGGUCAUAGCUGACAUGAAAACCAUACCUAAUGUCCACACAUGCGUCGGUUAUAAAGACACACUGCAGUAUAUAUUUACCGGCCUUCCCAGUGCUUCGCCCUGUCUAGAGAAGCUAUCGUUGGAUAUCUGGGAAAACAUACAGACGUCGGAGGUACCAAAAUGCAGGAGCAGCUUCAUGCAUCUAAGGCAGCUAACCUUGAGCAUGCACGUGAACAGAUUUUGCAAAUUGGAUAUUCUCCGACUUGUUCACGUGCUAGAAGCCGCGCCAGUUCUGGAACACUUUGAGCUAAAUGUUGAGGAAUUCAUGAGUCCUUUUCUUUACGGCGACGAAUCGUUACCGUCGGUUCCUAUCUAUCCACAUGACCACCUCAAGACGGCCUCAUUCCAAGGGUUCGCAUUCAACGAGGACUUGAUCGCGCUGGCCUUGUACAUCCUGCGCUGCGCCGAUUCGCUGGAGCUCAUGGCGGUGCGGACAAGGUAUGAAUCUGGCCGCCGGAUGGCUGACCACUUUCUUCGCCAAGAGGACCCCCGGAAUGUGGUGGAUAUUGCUCCCUCCGUUGAUUGUGUUAGAUAUUUCAACGAUGUGGACUGGUAGAUACAGACCGAAAUAAAUGAGCGUGCGCAUUGAAACG